GAGAGAAGUGUCGCUUGAAAGUAGAUAUAUCUACACAAAAUCUACUUGCUUCUUAGCUAAAGAGAAUUGUGGAUUUAAAUAUGCGAAUCGCUGCUGGACAAUCGGCACACCUAUUUAAAGCACACGAAGCAGGAAGAUUAAUAUGACAAUAUGGUUUUAUUCAGGAUUAUGUAACUGGUUUGGAUUGUACAUUUCUAUUGAACGUUUCUAACUCAGACAACUAUCUCGCUGGCUCGCUGCCCAUUACAACUAGCUGGACCAAUGUUUUGGAAGAAGACUUCGGGUAUGACAACUGUUUGAAGAACAAGAGAGGAUUAUUAGACACCACACCUGCAAAGCUUUAGGAUCUAAUUACAUAAAUAAGUUCCAACACCACCAAUCUCUUUUUUUCUCCAGUUAUUCUGGGAUCGCGUUGUCUACCAAAAACUGUACCACCCAUUUAGCGAUUUAUGCAAAAUAGCUGCUGUGGAGUAUAAAUAUCCUCUAAAAACUUCCCGAGACACAGAAGAGUCGUAUAACCACAGUAGAUGGGGCCGCCUGCCGGCGCGUUUCCUCAUUCUUCUGCAUCGUACUUAUUAAGGAAUCGGAUUGUGCGGCAGUUUACUUGAGGGCGCAGUUAUGCUGUUGAAUCACUUGCACAUUAACUCAAUACGCUGAGAUUCCUAGUUGCAUUGAAAUACCGGCUACAAGCUGUAAGCAAAAAGCCAAUCUGGGACCAUAAUCCACGAUGACGCAGGACACGAAGUAUGUUACCGUGUCCCCCUGUCCUAAGAGCCAAGACAUCCUGGCACUCGAUGGCGAUGGCCAUCCGUACCAGCCGGGCGUCUGCUUCCAGGACGGCACAAGACGUGUGGACUACGUCCUGACCUACCAUGUCAAGAAGUCCUGCAGGACGCUCCGGCCCUCGGUUAGCAUCACGGCGAACGGCUUCUUCCGCAGGCUGCGCCGCUCCCUGCCGUGCAACGCAGAGCAGUCAUCCGGGGCGAACCGAGACGCCGCAGUCGAGAUGGCAGCCUUGGACCGACAGGAGGAAGAAAAGCGCUUUUUGCAGGAUGAGUUUGAGGAUAACCUGAGGGACAUGGGCCUUGAGCUGGAGAAGGACGAGCAUUCCAAGAUUCCUGGGGUGGGAUUCCUGAAGAUACAUGCCCCAUGGGACGUCCUUUGUCGUGAAGCCGAGUUUCUGAAACUUAAGAUGCCCACCAAAGAGGUUUACGAAGCCACCUCUCGGAACAAGAUGGUAAAGCUGAAAGGGUUCAUCGAAAAUCUUACCAAGCCAUUCCUUCCGGAUGUAGAGGAGAGUAGGACCCACAAUCCAAAGCAUGUCUGCUAUCCCUUUUCUAGGGAAAAACAACACCUGUUUGAUUUGUCUGACAGACAGAACUUUUUUGACACUAAAACAAGAGGUUUGAUAGUGUUUGAGGUGUUGAAACGCACAAAAUGCAUGAGCAAUGAAGAUGACGUGGGGUUUCCCAGCCUUCUUGCUAAAGGGAUUUACACCAGCGCCUAUCCUUUACAUGAUGGAGAUGUGGAUGACGAGACUCCAACCCCCAAUGACAGGAAGAUUUUGUAUAAUGAAUGGGCAAGUUACAGCAGCUUCUACAAGUUCCAACCUAUUGGACUAAUCAGGAAAUACUUUGGGGACAAGAUCGGCUUGUAUUUCGCCUGGCUGGGCUUGUACACUCAGAUGCUGAUUUUUGCCUCUGUUGUUGGGGUCUUGGUUUUCCUCUAUGGCUGUAUCACAGUAGACCACGAUAUCCCCAGCAUGGAGAUCUGCGACAAGAGGAACAACAUCACCAUGUGUCCGAUGUGUGACCAGGCCUGCAGCUACUGGAAGCUGAAGAUGGCGUGCGGCACGGCGAGAGCCAGUCACCUCUUCGACAACACUGCAACCGUCCUCUUCUCCGUCUUCAUGGCCCUGUGGGCCUCCACGUUCAUGGAAAACUGGAAGCGCAAGCAGAUGCGGCUGAAUUACAAGUGGGACCUGGCGAAUUUUGAAGAGGAAGAGGAGUUGCUCAAGGAUCACCCACGAACUGACUAUGAGAACAAAGUGAAGGAGAAGAUACUCAAGCAAAUUGAAAAGAAACCCCAUAAAGAGACAAAAACUGUCAAGCUAACAUGGAGGGAUAGGUGCCCAGCCUAUAUGACCUUCACAGUUUCGAUGUUGUUAAUGUUUUUCGUGAGCUUCGCCAUUGUGCUCGCGAUAAUCAUCUACAGGGUCACGACUCAGGCCGCCCUUCAGAUGAGCACCGUCUCUACGGCGCGUUCCAACGUGCGGCUGACCGUCGUCUCCACUGCCGUCAUCAUCAACUUGGUGGUCAUCCUCAUCUUGGAUGAGGUGUACGCCAAGGUCGCGGUCUGGCUCACUCAGCUAGAGGUGCCGAAGACUGACACAAGCUAUGAGCAGAGACUGAUCAUAAAGACCUUCAUCCUCAAGUUCCUCAACUCUUUCAGCCCCAUUUUCUACGUUGCAUUCAUGAGGGGAAAACUCAUCGGUCGUCCAGGAAAAUAUUUGUAUGUUCUGGGAUUAUACCGGAUGGAAGAGUGUGCUCACACAGGUUGUUUGAUGGAGCUUUGCAUCCAGCUGAGUAUCACCAUGCUAGGAAAACAGCUGAUCCAGAACAACCUCUUUGAGAUUGGCAUUCCCAAACUAAAGAAGCUGAUAAAACGCUUCAAAUCAAAGAGGGAGGCUGGCCAGCAGGACCCUUUUAGCGGUGAUCUGAGGCGCUACGAGAAAGACCACUUCCUCGAGCCGUUCGGCAGUCUCAACCCGGAAUACAUGGAGAUGAUUAUCCAGUAUGGGUUUGUGACGCUCUUCGUGGCAUCUUUCCCAUUGGCGCCAGUGUUCGCCCUUUUAAACAAUGUCUUGGAGAUUCGUCUCGAUGCUAAGAAGUUUAUUGCUGAGCUGAGAAGACCUGUACCCGCAAGGGCCAAAGAUAUAGGUAUUUGGUAUAAUAUUCUCAGUGGGCUCAGCAAAGUCGCCAUUGUUGUGAAUGCUUUCGUCAUUGCAUUCACGUCUGACUUCAUCCCACGCCUGGUAUACCAGUACGGGUACAGCCCAGAUGGUACCAUGCAUGGUUUUAUCAACCACACCCUGUCGUACUUCAACGUCAGCCACUUCGAGCCCAAUACAAAUCCUCUACAGUCCUUACAUUUGGACUAUCAGGUCAACGUUUGCAGAUUCAAAGACUACAGACUUGCACCUUGGUCAAGGACCCCAUAUGAAGUCUCCAAGGUCUACUGGGCUGUCCUAGCUGCCCGACUAGCAUUUGUCAUCAUUUUCCAGAAUGUAGUGAUGCUGAUGAGCGACUUCGUGGAUUGGGUGAUCCCAGACAUACCCAAGGAAGUCACCAUUCGCAUCUACGAAGAGAAGAAGCAAAUUGUGGAGUUCUUCCUGAAAGAGGAGCAAGGCAAGACACAGAGCCUCCACAACAUCCCCCCAGAGGAUAACAGGGAUCAGAGCAACAAGCAGGCCUACCCACAACGUUUAUAGCGCCCCCUACUGCCUGCCUGUGUGUGCUCAGUCUCUGGUAUUUUAAGAUGAGUGACUGCAGGGCAGGAGAGGCAGUGACUUCACUUCUUCAGCCUUCUUUUCCUCCAACUUUCCGAGUUUCUGUCAGUCAGUCAGCCUGCUGCACCCCACAGAACUGGGGUCACACUAAAUUGCGGCGCAUAAAAUAUUUAAAUAUUUGCAAACAAGGUGAAGUCCAACCACACUUUGAUCUUAAGGUGGAAAGCAUGAAACCUGAAAGCUUUUUAAAAGUGCAUAAAGAAUUAAAAAUUCAUAUAUAUAGCAUACAUUUUAUAAAAAAAAAAAACUUGUGUAUAAAUAUGUACAGUGAGUAUUCAGUGUAUCAAUAUGGGGAUGGAAAUUGAAAUUAUUUUCAAUAUAAUGAUUUUUUUGAAGACUUUCAUUCUCUAACAAUGCAAGUCAGACUGGAUGUAGUGUAAAUGUGAGUAAAAGUUUACCAAUGUGUAAAAGUUUACUAAAGGCUUAAAUUUCUGAUCUUACAGCACACCUUGAAUUACAGUGCAAAAAUGGCUCAGGAUUAGAGGGCUCCCCCUGUUGGUCAAUCAAGGCCACUUUAAACAAUUUCCACCACCCAUCUACUAACAACUUUUCCUACUCUGGUCCACUGGGUGGCCUAGAACCUAUCCCGUGCCGUGUAGGGCCUGAAUCCUCAAUGCUGGAGGUGUUUGGCAACAGUGUUAUUUAUUGAGCCACCAAUUUGCUACAGGGCAUUUGUUACAGGCAAUCAUUUGUUCUCUGAGAUGUAUGUGUAAUCAAUCACAGCUGACUGUUAAAACCAGUUCCCGCAUAAUUUUGUUUACCUGUUAGUGCAGCCUUCGCAGUGUAGCAUGUUUAAAUCCAGACCAUAUAACACCCUUGCUGUGUUCCAUCCCUGUAAUUGCAUAGUAACAUGAUUUAUUGUCUUGCAACCAACGUUCAAUUUCAAGCACUCUGUUCUACUGCAAGCAUCAAGAGACCUCAGUAGUUGUCAAAACAUGAUUCUCAGGCAUUUGUGUUUCCUCCCUCCACCCAUUCUGCUUAUCCAGCCAAAACUGGCGGCGCUUUUACUUAAAUUAAGCAUUUUCUUAUAUGUUAAGCUUCCCUAGACCCCCCACAGUUCUUACUCACUUUCAGGUAGCCCAGUAUUCUGGAUUAACCUACCGUUUGUCUGCUGUUCUCCUCUUUCACUUUCUAUGAAUGUGCUAGCAAUUCAGUAACGCGUCCUUUUCCAUUUUCUUGUUUCCUGUAUGGUUGCUGUGCCCUUUACCAACAUUUCUUACAUACAUUGUCUUUUGUGUGUGUUUCAGGGGUAAUUAUACUAUCACAAACUGAUGUUUAUUCUAUCGGAUGUUUCUCAAUAAAGGCAUUUUGAAGCGUAAUUUACGUUUUACACCAAAGAUCUGUUUCUUUAAUUACAUAUUCAAAAUGUUAUUUUGAUUAAAAAAAGACAUUUGUAGUUUUUGUUAGUAUGCCUCUGUUCUUUGUAGAUUUGUAAUGGCAUAUAUCUGUACUACAGAUAUGUAGGACUGUAUAUAUAAAUGACAACUUAUUCUAUCUUGGAUUGACAGCCCUACAAAUGUAAUGGUGAGUAAACUGCUGCAGUUAAAUUACAAUAUCAAACCACUGUUCACCUGUAACACAACCACUUAUUUAAGGUACAAUAUCAAUCCACUGUUCAUCUGUAACACAACCACUUAUUUUCUGAGAAAAUUUCAAGAAAAUACAUUUUUUGUAGUUGCUGUGUCCUUUCACAAACUUAUUUUGUCACAAUGUUUGCAGAAUUUUAACAGUUUCUCGGGGUAUUAAAAUUGGUGUUUAUUGUAUAGCAUGUUUUUCAAUAAAGGUAUUUUUAAUCAAUUCA